AGCCUUCGCACUCCGAGGCAACGCUUAUAUAUAAAUAUUAAAAAAAGAAGAAGAAAGGGAAACCCUGGCAAAGGAGAGAGAAGAAGAUGGCACCUCAAUUGGCAGCGACUCUUCCUCCUUCUUCUGCUUCUCUCUGUUUCACUUUCAGGAAUAAAUAUUUGGUUCCGGAAAGAUGCACUACAAUCUGCAGGAAAAAGAAUCAUGCCAUUACAGCUUUUGCCGGAAAUUCUCUUGGAAAAUCAGCUAUCCGACUCACUGCUGCUUCAUCUCCACUAUUUACUGAUAAAGAAGCUCGUCUCUCACUCAGACUUCCUAUGUCUCAAACUCGAAGAUGCAAUUCUAAGAUCUGUGGACAAGCGUUUAUAUAUCAUUCAUCAGGCUUCCGAAUCCCUGCAAAUGCUGAGAAGCCAGAAUGGUGGUGGAGGACUUUAUCUUGUGUUCCCUAUCUAGCAGCACUGCAGAUGUCUGCAACUGGGAUUUUUCUAGAACGCCUCCUUGACAAAUUUCCAUUCUUUGGGAAUUUGAUUUUUUAUAUCCCAGGAGCUGUCAACCGGUUACCAAACUGGUUCCCUAUGUUAUAUUGCUAUGUGGCUAUUGUAGGAGUCGUAAAAAACAAGGAAUUUCCCCUUAUCUUCAGAUUCCAUGUAAUGAUGGGAAUGCUACUGGAGAUUGCUCUACAGAUAGUAUGGGUUUCAAGUAAUUUCAUGCCACUUAUACACUUCAAGGGAACAUUGGGGAUGUAUUACUGGGCUGGUGUGGCGUUGGCAUAUAUUCUUAUAAUGAUAGGGUGCAUAAGGUGUGCACUUUUGGGCACAUUUGUGAGUAUCCCUGUUGUCAGUGAAUCAGCUUUUGUUCAUUCUCUAUUCGGUUUAGGAGGAUUCCAAUGGCCCUUUUAGGAUGUGAUCAAGAGCAUAUGUAAUUUAACAGGUGGUUUUGCAGUUGAAGUAAGGAUUGUCUCUAUUUUUUGUACUUGACUUUUUAUUACUACCAUAUAAAAAGAUGAGUGAUAUCAAGAUUUUCUGCUGAUUUCAGCAGUCUCGUUUGC